AUGGCAUUGUCUAGCCUUGCAUUAGCUUGGAUGUAUGUCACGGGCCUUCCUGUGGCCCAUGUUACUCAAGCCCAAAACACAGCACAAGAUUUCCUUGGUGUCCACAACUCUGCUCGUGUGCAAGUGGGUGUUGGCAAUAUGGCAUGGGACACGACAAUACAUGCGUUUAUAUCUGGACUGAGAAUUUUUCAACAAGAAGCAGGGCUAUAUGACAAUCCACCAGCACCUGCAGUAGUGGGGAAAGCAGGCGGGCACUACACACAAGUCGUGUGGCGCAACUCAGUUCAGCUCAGUUGCAAAUGGGUCCAAUGCAAUAGCAACGGGAUCUUCAUCAUAUGCAACUAUUACCUACAUGGAAACCUCGUGGGGUAG